AUGCCUCACGUCGACAUCUUGUUCAACCAGUUGCAGAAGGGAAGAACCGAACCAGCGCAAGUUAAAACGGCUAUCGAUAAUUUUGAAAAAUGUAUUGUCGAUGUGAGAACUGAAAUUGAUGACAUAAUAAAUGAAGCCAAAAGUAUUUGCACUGAACCCCAAGGCAACAAAAGGAGACGACGUAAUAAUAGCAGUCACGAUCACCGAGUUGCCGAAUUAGAAGUAUGCGACAAUAUAGUGAAUUCUGCAAAUGACAGAUUUCAAUUCAAAGAUCAUUUGGUAGCCGCAUCCCUUUUUUUCCCCGAACACUUUGGAGAAUACUGUGGUAGGUUUCCUGAUGACAAGUUGGAAACUACCUGCUUGGCUUAUCCCGAAUUAGAAAAAAGUCGUUUAAAGACAGAGUUGUCUGUUAUUUAUGCACGGAAUGACUGCCGAGAUUUACAUGGAACUCUGUCUCAUUCGAAAUUUUUGAUACAAAACAGUUUGGAUUAA